UUGAAUUGAGGUCAUCGCUCGCGCUGGAGAUUCAGGGCAACAGUGUGAGAGAAGACUGGACGAAAGCGAGUGCAGUGUGUCAGGCACCUAAAAGCCCAGGAACACUGCUGUAAAGAAGUUCAUCUAGGAGAUUUACAAAAACAAACAAGAAAAAAAAGGUUACCCAUGCCUAAUAUAAUUCCGUUGUGUCACAACACCAUUGAGAAGAUGGGGUAAUUUUCUUAAUCACAGCACAAAUGCAGAAGCCCGUCUCCAUGUCUGAAGACGCAAACUCAAAACCGUAUCUAUUUUCCUCUCUGGAGGGCCAGGACCAGGCCACUGGCUGCAGUUCCAUGGCAACGCUUCAUCGGAUUGGCAGUUUUGCAGAGACAGGGGAGCUUGGACUGGCCUCAGAGGGCAGUGACAGCAGCAGUCAGGACCCUUCUGCCUCACCCCAUAGUGACCAUAAGAUGACACACUCCUUGCAUGAGGAUGUGGAGAUGAAGAGCAGUGGUUCCAGUGGAAGUGGCACUGAAUCGCAAGGAAAUGAGUCACAUGGCAACGAGUCACAUGGAAACUCAUCAAACGGGAAUGAAUCGACUGGAAGUUCCAAUAGCAAUAGCAAGGAUUCAGCUCUUUUGGGAUCAUCAGGAAGCAACAAGAGCUCCAACUCCCACAGUCCUUCACCUCCCAGCAGCUCCAAUGCCUUCAGUCUGCUGAGUGCAAGUUCUGAACAGGACAACCCUUCCACUAGUGGAUGCAGUAGUGAAGAGUCUGCCAAGGCAAAAACACAGAAAGAGCUGAUAAAAACUCUCAAAGAGCUGAAGCUUCAUUUGCCAGCAGAUAAACGGAACAAGGGCAGCAAGUCCACCACUCUGAACACCCUGAAAUAUGCCCUUCGCUGUGUGAAACAGGUUGAAGCUAAUGAAGAGUACUACCAGUUGCUUAUGAUCAAUGACAGCCAGCCAUCUGGCCUGGAUGUAUCCUCAUAUACGAUAGAGGAGAUCGACAGCAUCACAUCAGAAUACACGCUGAAAAAUACAGACAUCUUUGCAGUGGCGGUAUCCCUGAUCACAGGCAAGAUUGUAUACAUCUCCGAUCAGGCAGCAUCCAUUCUCAACUGCAAGCGACACGUGUUCAAGAAUGCCAAGUUUGUGGAGUUUUUAAUACCACAGGACGUCAGCGUGUUCUACAGCUUCACCACACCAUAUAGGCUGCCAUCUUGGAGCAUGUGUACAGGAGCUGAAUCUUCACCUUCUGACUGCAUGCAGGAAAAGUCAUUCUUCUGCCGCAUCAGUGGAGGUAAGGAGAGUGAAGGAGACCUGCAGUACUACCCAUUCCGCAUGACUCCUUACCUAAUGAAGGUGCAGGACACUGAGCACACUGAAGACCAGUUCUGCUGCCUUCUGCUGGCUGAAAGAGUGCAUUCUGGCUAUGAAGCUCCAAGGAUCCCCACGGAUAAACGCAUCUUCACCACUACACACACACCAAGCUGUGUGUUUCAGGAUGUCGAUGAAAGAGCUGUCCCGUUGCUUGGAUAUCUACCACAAGACCUGAUUGGGACACCAGUUCUUUUGCACCUGCACCCAAACGAUAGACCGUUGAUGCUCAGCAUUCACAGGAAGAUCCUGCAGUAUGCUGGUCAGCCAUUUGACCACUCCUCCAUCCGUUUUUGUGCUCGGAAUGGAGAGUACAUCACCCUAGACACAAGCUGGUCCAGCUUCGUCAACCCCUGGAGCCGCAAAGUGUCUUUUGUUAUUGCACGACACAAAGUCCGCAUGGGUCCAGUUAAUGAAGAUGUGUUUGCAGCUCCAGCCACAGCAGAGGGGAAAGCAAUGGACUCGGAUAUCCUGGACGUCACUGAACAGAUUCAUCGGCUCCUACUUCAGCCGGUACAUAAUAAUGGCUCAAGCAGCUAUGGAAACCUGGGCAGUAACGAUCAUCUGGUGAGUGUGGCCUCAUCCAGUGACAGCAAUGGUAAUGGAGUCCAUCCACACGCGGACGACGAAGAGGGCCGAGCCAAACCUAGAACGUUUCAGGAGAUCUGUAAAGGCGUUCACAUGCAGAAGAAUCAGGGACAGCAGUUUAAAAAGAGUCCAGGCACAGAACUGCUCCAGAAGUGUCCGGUAGUUCGGCCCAAAGACUCGGCAUGCCCAUUAAACUGGAGAGAGAGUGUGGAGGAGCAGCAGGCCACGUUACAGGAAGAACUCACAUUAAAAGACCAGACAGUCUACUCAUACCAGCAGAUCAGCUGCCUAGAUAGUGUAAUUAGGUAUUUAGAGAGCUGCAAUGUGCCUAUUACAGUCAAACGUAAAUGCCAGUCUUCUUCCAACACCACUUCCUCUAACUCAGACGAGGACAAACAGAAGUCAUCUGAAAGCUCUAUGCAGGUGGCUGAAGCACCUGGACACUUGAAGAACCAAGCUGGUCUUUCACCUUUGGAUGUGUCGAAGAAGCCGAGCAGCUCAGGCGUGGUGGGCACUUCACUCACUCCCCUGGCACUGCCCAGCAAAGCUGAGAGUGUUGUCUCCAUAACCAGCCAGUGCAGCUAUAGUAGCACCAUCGUACAUGUCGGAGACAAAAAACCCCAACCAGAGUCAGAAAUCAUUGAGGAUGGCCCCAGUGCUGGAGACACAGCAGAAGGCCCCACUCCAGCCACUCCUUCUGCCACAGUUUCACCUCCCAGCCAGGAAAGAGAAGCAUAUAAGAAACUAGGCCUGACCAAGCAGGUGCUGGCAGCACAUACACAGAAGGAAGAACAAGCCUUUCUCAACCGCUUCAAGGAGCUAAGAGGUGUUCACACUUUCAAAGCAGACUACCUGGAGAAGCAGAAAGGACAGGCCACAUCCAAUGCCGGACCGUCUCGUGUUGGUAAGCAGGGGGGAAGAGCAGAACCUGCCACUGGCCGUGGGGGACGCAACAGAAAGUCCAAAACAAAGCGCAUCAAACAGAACGAAUCAUCCGACAGUACCAUCUCACACAGGAGGCAGCUGUUCAGACAAGAACUGCAAGGACUGAACCAGACUUCAUGGUCUCCUUCAGAAACCUCACAGUCUGCCUUUCCCAUCGCAUACCCUGCCGUUGUGCCUUCAUAUCCCCACCAGGUGUAUCCAGGGACCAAUCCCAUGCCAUCCAGGGUUGAUGCUCCACUCUCAGCAUUCGGAGACAGCCAGUCUCAGAAUCCACGUUUCCCCAUGCAACCCAUGCAGCCACAAUUCCCUGCCCCUCUUGUUGCGCCCAUGGUGGCACUUGUGCUGCCCAACUAUAUGUUUCCACAACUAGGAAGUGCCCCUCGGCAGCCUUUCUACCCUGAGCAGGCUUUGUUUCCACCCUCUCAGGUUCCAUUCCAACCUCAGACAACAUUUCCUCUACAGGCGCAGUUCGCCCCACAAAACGCUUUUCCAGUUCAGCCAUUCCCUUUCACGCCACUGGACAAGCAACCCAAGUCUGCAGAACCAGAAACAAGGGAGGAACCUUCACGGAGCUCCACCCCUGAGUCACUGGGUGGUCGGGACCAAUCAUCUCCACCCUUGUUCCAGUCACGGUGUAGUUCACCACUGCAACUCAACCUUUUGCAGCUGGAGGAAAGCCAGCGCUCAAAUGAAAGACAGGAAACCACGGCAACCGCUGCUGGUACUCAAGGGAGCACUGCAGUGGAGAAGGGAGCAAGCGCUGGCACGCAGACCAAGACAGACAAAGAACCAGAACAUGCAGAAGACCUACACCAUUGUGAUGCUUUCUCUUCAUCCAGUGAUCUCUUGGACAUCCUCAUGCUGGAGGACUCUCGCUCCGGUACAGGGUCAGCCACAUCCGGGUCCAUGGGUUCUGCUUUCAAUGGGUGCGGCACAUCAGCAUGUGGAAGUGGUGGAUCUGCUAGUGGAACUGGGAGCAGUCACACCAGCAAUAACAGCAGUAACUACUUUGGCAGUGUGGACUCUUCACAGAAGUCCCUAAAGGCCCAGAGACCAGGAGGUGGUGUUUCAGGAUCACUGGAGUUAGAGGAGAGUGAGAGUUUGAUUAAAUAUGUCCUGCAGGAUCCUCUGUGGCUUCUGGCUGCCAAUGUGGACAAGGGUGUAAUGAUGACAUACCAGUUGCCCUCUCGUGAUAUCCAGCAAGUGUUGCGGGAUGACCGGGAGAAACUGAGGCAGAUGCAGAAGAGUCAGCCACGGUUUUCUGAGGAGCAGAAGAGAGAGCUGGCUGAGGUUCAUCCCUGGGUGAGAGGAGGAGGUCUACCCAAAGCCAUUAACACUGAGGCGUGUAUUGGCUGUAAAGGGGUCACAGAGACGCUGGUAGAGGCGGAACUUCCAGACCUGCACAUGGGAGAAUCUGAAGUCAGUGAUGUCACAGCACAUGACCAGACGUAAUGGAGAGCUUGUACACACACACACACACACAGUGCUGAUCUGGGACAAGAAGUUUAUGUUUAAAAAAAAAACAUUUCCAUAGAUGUUUAUAUGUUUAGAUGAAAAGAGCUUUUGAUCUUGAAGAGCAUUGCUUUUGAUGAAGUUUAUGGAGUUCUCUGAGGUGUGUGUGUGUGUGUGUGUGUGUGUGUGUGUGCACCUUAUGUGUGUAUGUGCGUGUCUGCAUGCGCGUGUGUGUGUGUGUGUGUGCGCAUGUGUGAAUGUCUGUUAGUGAAAUUCCUAGACUACAGGUUGUUAUAAGACAAUGUCCUUGCGACUAAAAAGUAUUCUUGAAAUGUAUCUUGUAAAUGCUUGUUAUAUUAAGAUAUUUAUGUGAAUCUUGAAAAACACAUACGAAUGUCAUAUUUUGUGUUCUAUAAUUUUACCCUACAAAUGUCCUUGAAUACCUCAACAACUUGUAUGUGUAAAGAAGGUACAGAAGCAUUUCUGCUGGAAAAGAUAAAAAAAGGUGUUAAUUAUAACAAUUAAUAGCAAUUAUUGGCUAUUACACUAUAUGAACAUCAGAGAAAUGGGACAGGAGAAAACACAACUUGCCAGCUAAAUACUAAAGACCAAGCUUUUUACUGCCUCAUUAAACCCUGAACACAAGAAUCCCAGAACUAGUGCAAUGAAAAGAGUUUAGUAUAUUUUUUAUAUAAGUUACUGUAUAAGCUCACAGAAGAAUCUGUUUUCAGACAGUUGUGGUACAGAGAUGUUAAAAAAAAGGGGGGUUUAAUUCUUUUCCCAAGGAAAGAAACUAAUAUAUAGUUUUGAAAUAAAAUUCUACCUGAUAGCUUUAGACAUUGGAUAUUUCCAGAUCUGCCUCUUACUGUACUUAACAACAUCUGAAUAUAUUACUAUUCAAUUUAUAUGAAGUAAAUAUUAAUAUAUUUUUCUCCUUAUUAAGUAUCCUAACCCACAAUAACCACAGCACUUUUGACAACGUGAACCAGAUCACAAAGUCUCUUUAUUUAUUUAUUUUUUCUAACAGAUCGUUUUGCUAAUAAGAGUUAUUGAUUGAAAAUAUUUUUCUCUUAAGCUACACCUAGGGAAGUUUGCACAACAGUUAUUGCAGGUUAAAGUACAUGUCUUUUUUUUUUGUGUCAGUGUUAUACAGGAACUUUUUGUUUCAAAAAAUAAAAUAUUAUU